AUUUGCAAACUACAGCGUUACUCUGCGCUGGACUUAUGCAAGAUAUUAUAACCGCAUUACUGAGUAUUUGUCGUGUUGUUUGUGCGCUUCAUUGUUUUGUAUAAACACAUUUGCUUCACGGGGAAACGGUUGAGGCUGCGUAGCACAAGCGAGAUGAUGCUUGAAUCCAUUGAAGUUACAGAACGGCUCCAUUGGCCAGAGAUGGAAAUGUCUAAGAGUUGUGUCCUAAGCCCUAUGGAGAAGCCUGUGAGCCCCAGUCAGCUGCAUCUGGAGCGCAUAUCCUCUGGCGUUCUGAAGGACCUGUUUAACACAGCCACCAGCAGCUACAACACACUGCUGCAGAAAGAGUCAGAUGCUCAGGAGAGCCCUAAACACUCCUCCUACAAGUGCCCCAAACGAGUCUCCACGGCAAGGCAUCACGACAGACCCCUGCCGACCCUUGCACCUCUAACGAUGAGUGGCCUGGCUUUUGGUUGCAGAGACAGCAGGCACUCUCAGUCGGUGUUCUUGUGUUUCUCCACCAGCAGUUCCAAGCAAACUAACAGCAUCACCAUGCUGGGCAGUGCCAUCCGCCUGUCCCCCGGACCAAUCCCCAGGCCCAAAAACAGCUGCCCGGCCGGCACCAAACUCCCGCAGCUGUCCAGAGUGCUUCCUGCUGCUCGUGAUGUAGAGAACUCAAUCAAGAAGCUCUGCAUCCUCACUGCCAUAAAGCCUUCUAAUGUAGAGAAAGAGAAGGCCAGGUUUUUCAAAGGAGACUUUAAAUACAAUCCUCAGUUUGAGUACAGCAACCCUCUGCCUCCACAAGUACUAGCAAAGCACAGCACCGCUUCAGACCGCUUCCUCACACAGGCUGUGCGGAUCAUGGAGUUGGCCUUGCAGAAAUACGGCUCCUAUGAGAAGUUUGAACAGGCUACUGGAGGAAACAUCCUCACCAAGAGCCGCAUCUGGUACCAUGUCAAAAAAUACAUGGAGAAGGAAGGAUGCAUGGGAGAGAUUGUGGUUAAUCUCACUGAUGACCUCCUGUCCAGAGCGUCUAUGACUGUGGUGAACAGCAGACCUACACUCACCAUUAACAUCUCUACUGCCAGAGAGCAGUGGCUGGAGGGGAUGCUGAGGCAUGAAAUCGGUACGCACUACUUCCGUGGCAUCAACAACAGUCACCAGCCGUGGGGCAGCAGCGGCGGCAGGAAGAAGCACGGUCUGCGGCCUAUCAACCCCACUGAGGAGGGUCUAGCCAGCAUCCACAGCGUGCUCUUCCGCAAGGACCCCACGCUGUGGCGCGCCGCCCUGCUCUACUACACCGUCUACCAGGCCAGCCGCAUGUCCUUCUCACAGCUGUUUCACAACCUGGGCCGGUUCCUGCACGACCCCAACACGCGAUGGGACUACUGCGUCAGAGCCAAACGAGGACAGACCGACACGGCACUGCCAGGUUGUUUCAGUAAGGACCAGGUUUAUCUAGAUGGCAUCCUGAAGAUCCUCAGACACAGAGACAAGAUUGACUUCCAGCUUCUCAUGGCUCUGGGAAAGGUGUCGUAUGAGGACGUGGAGCGCCUGAAGAGUCUGGCUCUGAUGGAGCAUGUGCGGAUUCCUCACUUCCUGCAGGACCAAGCGCGCUACACGGAGCAGCUUCAUAAAAUCAUGGAGGUCAACCAGUUAACUGAUGAGGAGCUGUGCAUACUUAUCUGAACAUGUGACCUCUGACCUCCAGCAUGAAUCUCACAAAACCUGUCCAGGUCAUACAUUACCAUUCAUAAACAAAAACAUGUUCAGGUCAUAUUUCACUAAAACCUAAAGAAAGAUGAAAUUACUUUUAGCAUUAAAAAGUAAGCUUAUUUUUAGAAGCAUUAAAUAUUUGUGAAUUUUCAAAAAUUAUUUUAAUGACACUUAGGGCCUCUAACCUCAGAUUCUUGUAAUUCUCGUACCUCAUUUAGCGCAAAUUUACAAAAAUCUCAUUUCGAUUACUGUAAUGUGAAAAUUAAUUAUAUCACAGACAUUAAUCAUUACUAAUAUUCCAACACGUAAAAACAAAUGACCAAAUUACAAAAUGUUACAAUGCAAAAAAUCUUAAUAGUUUUAAAACAGGCUCAAUUUGAGCUCUUCAUGCUUUUUUGUUUUUUUGAUGAGUUUUGCCCUGAGGUGGAUUGGAAAAUAAAGAGAUUUCUGGGAUAGAGACUCAAACAAUCAGUCUACAUAGGGGCCUAUGGAGCUUUUUUUUUUUUUUGGUAAAACUUGUAA